AUGGCGGUUAAUUGUUCAAUCACGUUGACCAAAGGCUGCUUUGAAGACGCGAUGUGGGCGGACAAGGAGGCGAAGCCGCGGCAUGGUGAAGGAUCCUCAGUGAGGGUGAGACAUGCCCGCACUGGCUUUGACAUGAAAAGCAGGCUGGGCUCUCAGGUUUAUCCCAUGGCCAGUGAUCCAGGACUAAAACAAUCAGCCUGCUCACUGUCAUGUGACUGGGAAAGGAGUGGGAGUGGAUUGGAGGAAAAGAGCAGAAAGCUAAGGAGUCAACCUGGCCCUUUUCACUGGACUGCUGCUUACUAUCGGACCCUUAUUAAUUUGGACAUGUUUGGCCCAGGGCAACUGGUCUCUACUCUGCUGCCUGCAGUUUUCCAUUCACCUGCAGCUCACUUUUUUCCAGCUUAUCCAACCAGACUGGGCUCUCAACCUCAGAUUCUCAUCCCAGGGCCCUUUAUCAGCUACGAAACCUUGAGGAGUUAUCUGCAGCCAGAGCCAUGCAAGGAGGCUUUGCUCAUGGCCACACAGGCGGUCGGGAUGGGGCCACUCGCAGAGGGCACGGAUGAACAGAGGCCAGUGAAGCAGCGUCGUGCACGGGCCAACUACAGCAGCUGGCAGCUGGAGGAGCUGGAGAAGGCCUUCGAGACCACCCACUACCCAGACAUUUUCAUGAGGGAAGCCCUGGCCCUCAGACUGGACCUCAUCGAGGCCAGAGUUCAGGUUUGGUUUCAGAACCGUCGUGCUAAGAUGAGACGGCAGCUGAAACUCCAGGGCCAGCUUGUUGCAGGGCCUUAUGCGAAAAGAGACAAUGAUGAAACAUCUGAGAAAACGAGCAGGAGUUUAAAACAGCAGUUAGAGAGGUCUGACCGCGAGCACUGGGAGAAACGACAGGAAGGGGAAAAUUAUCCAUGGACAAAAGCUGCCAGUACCGCGCUGAGCGAGCACAUGCAGCCUGUGACCCAGAAGUCGGGGAAGUGGGAGAGGCCGGAGGGGCCGAGCUCAGAGGAGCUCCGCUCCUGCAGCAUCGCCAAACUGAGGGCCAAAGCCAGAGAGCAUGAGGCAGAGAUCCACAGCACUGUAAACAUAUCAGGAGGCGACACACAGUCACAAACACAGGAAGCUGAUGCCACGCACAAGGAUUGA